CGUUUGUCAUCUCGAUAAAUUGGUGCUACAAAAUUAACAAGGAGACCUUUUGUGCAUUUUCUUCUUCAUGUUGUGGAAAAACAGCGAACUGUAGAGCACACUUUGACGAAUCUCUGUAUUUUAGACGAUACAAACAGCAAGAGACAAUUUCUCUUUUAAAAACAAACAAAACACACUGACAAGGUCCCAAGUCUGUUUCGGCCAAUUUCGAAUAACGAAAUACAAAGAAAAAUGAAGGCUUCAACACCAACAACAAAUAGCCCUGGUGACAACUCCUUGGACUCACCACGUUUUAAAGAAAUUGAACUUAAAAUUAAAGCAGUGAUUAGAUAUUCAUUGAAGAGAACUGCUGAGGAAGGUGAAAAAUAUGCAAAGGAAGUUGAGAAGGAAAAAUCACUAAAGAUGCCAAAGACUAAUGAUUGCAAAGCUUUUUCAUUCAAGGAUUUUCGUCCUCUCGAUUUUGGAAACUUGAGAAAAACAUGUGGCAUGAAUGAUAGAGAAUAUUUCAAUUCAAUAGGUCACACCAAGUUUGAAUGGAAGACAAUGAAUGGGAAAAGUGGUUCCUUGUUUGCAGUAACAGAGGAUAAGAAAUUACUCAUCAAGACAGUGACAAAGGAUGAAAGCAAGACUAUUAGAAAUGUUAUUUUACCUCUCUUAAUGGAAUAUAUCAAGAAUGAACCAAAUACAUUGAUUGUACCAGUUUUUGGACUUCACAAAUUUACAUUGGACGGCUCUGAUUUUAGAUUUGUAGUGAUGAAAUACUUGUUCCAGGCACCAACUGCUACAACUUCGAGUGUCAGCUCAGUUUCAUCACCAACAACUGCAAAUUCUGGAGCCAAACUUCAAGAUCCUAAUGUUGGUUUUGAAAUGAAUAAGAUUUAUGAUUUGAAAGGAUCGACAACAGAUAGAAUUGCAAAGGAAGGAGAAAAUAUCAAGAAGGAUUUGGAUUUAAUUAAUGAAAAUAUGAAGUUCCACAUUGGGCAAGAUUUGUCAAUAGAAAUGCUUUUCCAACUCAAGAAGGAUGUUAACUUUUUCACAUCAUGUGAAGUAAUGGACUAUUCCCUCAUCACAGGCAUUGUGGCACCAAAAGAGGGAACUUUGGAAGCAAUUCAAAAUCAUAUCAAAUCUAAUAAUGAAAAAGGAAGAGACAAAUUUCAAAUAAUUACCAACACCAAAAACUCUCAGGAAUUUUAUUACUUUGGAUUUAUUGAUUAUUUCACCAAGUAUGGUCUGAGAAAGAAGGCAGCAAACAAUAUCAAGAGUAUGAAGAAUGAUUCAUCUACCAUCUCGACAGUUCCACCAAGCAGUUAUUCUGAUCGUUUCAUGCAAUUUAUUUUCAAAGUUUUUGAUUAAUUGUUCAUCCACUCACUUGAAAUUUUGUACAUUAUGAUUGGAAUACGAGUUCAAUUCAAUAUUGAAAGUGCUUUCUCAAUCACACACAUUUUUGCCUUUUCGAGACAUUUAAAACACUCAAUAUUCUCAAUAAUUCUU